GAAAGCGACAGGCGGCGCCGGUUGGCCGCUUGGGAAACGGGAGGGGGAGAUAAUACGACCAAACGAGCUCUGUGUUUGCAGGUCUUGAGCCUAACGGUCGAGGUGUUGCAGUGCACGCGUCAGGAGUUCUUUUUGAAGGAUUUGCCGUAUUUGUGAGGAAAGUCGGCGUUAAAUCUUCACAAUGCUAGACCCCAUUCAAGUUAGGCGUCGUGGUGGGAUGGAUUUUCAUUCUUAUUAUGAGUACUCUUGUGCUUUGCAAGACACUGUCCCACUAGUAGCUGUCAAAGCAAACCUUGCACAGGAAACCUUGGACUUUUGUGGUGAUCGCAUACGAUUGAUUGACUGGACUCCCAUUUUGAACACUCUUGCGAUUAACAAACAUCUCCACCAUGUUGCAAUAAGAAGUUUCCAUCAGCCAAUUCUUGAUGAUGCAGAAAGACCUAGAACAUUUUACAGGAGAAAGAUUCCAGUAUUUCGGUCCAAAGAUAUGACGUUUCGGUUAUGUAAAUCAGUUCGAGAUUGCUUGUGCAUUUCUCAGGUUCUGAGGACUUUGGAACUUCAAGGACUUCCACUAAGAGAAAGGGAUUUAGUUACCCUAACAAAGGGAUUAUCCAAGGCUGUAUCACUGCAGAGAUUUUCUUUGGCAUAUUGCUCUAUUGGCGAUGAAGGAUUACAAGUUAUUUGCCACAGUGUAAAAAAUUCUUCAUCAAUCAAGACAAUUGAUUUCACUAGCUGUAACCUCACAUGGAAGAGCGCAGAACAAAUGGCAAAUAUUAUUAAGCACCAGGCAACUAAACGUCACAGUAUUGCAUGGGCUGAAAGCCUCCGCUACAGAAAACCUGAUCUGGAUUGUAUGUCAGGCCUAAGAAGAAUUACACUGAACUGUAAUGCCCUAAUUGGAGAUCGUGGCGCAAAGGCCUUUGUUGAACCACUUGUUGAAGAUUGUUGGCUAAAAGCACUUGACUUACAGAAGUGUGGAAUAUCCAAUGAAGGGGCACAAGCAUUGUAUGAUGUCUUGCAGUCUAAUACAACAAUAGUGGUGCUUGAUCUAAGAAGGAAUCCUCUUAUAGAUACCAUCCUUUUGAAGUCUAUAAUUGAGAGAGUUCUUGUUAAUAGUAGUGGUGCAAAUUCUGAGUAUAAGUGGAUUAAAACGCCUACUUCAAAAGAGCCUGUGAAACCCAAACCUCGAAAAAGGAGCAUGGUGUUUAGCACUGGGACAAAACUAAAGGCUACUGUGAGGAUAGGAUCUCGGAAGCCACCAAUCAAGAAGAAACAUUUAACUGUGGAAAAAGAUGUCUGCCAUUCUUUGUCACCUGUAACACAUGGUUAUAAGCCUGUGCGAAAGGCUAUAGAGGGCAUCCGAUGCAGUGGUCCUUCUCAAAUAUCACUGGAGGAUGACUCAAUAGUAGAUGAAAAAAACAAGGUUUCCAGCCCUGUGAAGCUGAUUUUAGAAAGUGAUUCCUCUGGAACAGAAGAUGCAGCUGAUACACUAGAAACACUCCUUCCAGUCCCCUGUGUAACUCCUGAUAAGAUUUCAGUGAAGCAGUUCAGACGAUUACAGGUGGAACUAGAAGAAUGUCGGCUAAGACUAAAAGAGGAAAGAAGAGCUAGAGCCAAAGCAGAUUCACGAAUAGUUGAGCUGGAGCUUGAAAACACAAAACUGAAAAAUAUAAACCUUUCACUUUCUGAGGCCUUGCAUACUCAGUCUGUAACAUCAAGUUUACUGGAGGACGAUGCAGUUCUAGAAAGUAUUGAAGCUUCUUUUAGAAAAUUCCAUGCCUUUUUGGAUCUCCUUAAAGAUGCUGGCUUGGAGCAGCUUGCGUCUGUUGCAGGAAUUGAUCAAUCUGAUUUUGCACCCCUGGGAAAGCCCCAACUUGCAUCAUCUACUGGUCAAACUGAAGCAAGCUCUGAAAAAGGACAUAAAGAAUAUGUGGAGUCCCUAAACCAAGUUGGUGCCGAUAAUCAUUCUGGAUCUGACAGUGGAAAGAAAUUUAUUGGAGUGCCCGCUUCAAAUAUCUUUUCUGGUCAAAGGGACUCAAAGAUCAAAGACAAGAUAAAAGAUCAAACUCCAAUUGCAUUUAACUCUGGGAGGGAAUUAAUAAAUGAAUCUGGAACAAAAGUUAAUCUUGUAGAAGUAAUACCUACAGCUGAACAUUUUUCCGACAGUUCAAGUAGCAUCUGUAGCCAAAAAAGCAAUGACAGCAAAAAAAGCAAUGACAGCAAAAUAUCCAGCAGUAGGACUAGCAGGAAAAACAGAUCUCAGAAGAAUGGCAUUAAGUCUGAAUAUCACACAACAAGAAGAGGGGAACUAUAGACUAAACACCAUCGCAGAACAGCUUUUUUAUGUGUUAAAGGUGGAUCUCCAAAUGGGAAACUGCUAAAAAGUCAAAGUGCUUCUUAUGAUGAAUCAGAAAUCUAUACAUUUUUCAAUACUGUUCAUGCUAUUGUGUAACUUUUUAAGUUGUACAAAUUUUAAUUAAAUGAAAUUUGAUGUUACUGUCAGUAACCUAGUUUUGUUCCAAGCAGUUGUGUUUAUAGAGAUUAUUGAAAAAAAAUUGAUUUGUUUCAUACAUUAAGACAUCAUACCCACAUAUACUUUUAAAAUCACAAUCACUUAAUAAUCAUAACCAACACCGUGACCAUGAUGCUUUUAAAAUUGUAUAUUAACAUUUCAUUUUUAUGUAAAUUAUUUAUGUUAAUUUACUUCACACACAGAAAGUAUUACAUUAAAUAAAGAAAUUAAUUUUGUAACUUUUUGCAUAUAA